AUCCAAUUCAUCUCUGCUCUUUCCAAUUUCCAAACAAUUCCAGCAUCAUCCAUCUCUCUCUCGGUCCCUUCUUCCUCAUCGAUCUCUCGUAGCUACAGCUACUCACCCAGCCAUGGACGGCAAGGACUCCACCACCACCCCCGCCCCUGCCCCGGCUCCGGCUCCGGCUCCGGCGCCGGCGGCAGAGCCUCAGACGACGGGGAACGCGCCGCCGCCGCCGCCGCAGCAGCAGCAGCAGCAGCCGGAGGCGGCGAAGUGGGGGACGAGGCAGAUGGGCCCGCCGGCGGCGCCCGGGGCGCACCCGGAGAACCAGCAGGCGGCGCGGUGGACGGCGGCGAGGGGCGACCAGGAGCUCCCGCCCUACGUCAUCAUGGGCGAGGCGGCGGCGGCGCCGCCGCGGGGGCGGCCGGAGAGAGGGGACAGCCCGAUGGAGCACAUCCUCGACUUCUUCAACACCUGGAGCCGCAAGGCCGAGGAGCUCGCCUCCAACAUCUGGUUCAACCUGAAGACGGCGCCGUCGAUGUCGGACGCGGCGAUGGGGAAGCUGAGCCUGGGAGCGAAGGCCCUCAGCGAGGGCGGCUUCGACAAGCUCUACAAGCAGACGUUCGCCGGCGCCGGCGCCGACGAGCGGCUGAGGAAGACGUUCGCCUGCUACCUCUCGACGGCGACGGGCCCCGUCGCCGGCACGCUGUACCUGACCGACCGGAGCGUCGCGUUCUGCAGCGACCGGCCGCUCUCCUUCGCGGCGCCCUCGGGGCAGACGGCGUGGAGCUACUACAAGGUGAUGAUCCCGGUGGCCAAGGUCGCCGCCGCCGAGCCGGUGACGAUGAAGGAGAGCCCGCCGGAGAAGUACGUGCACGUCGUGACGGUGGACUCGCAUGACUUCUGGUUCAUGGGGUUCGUUAGCUAUGACAAGGCCGUGCACCACCUCGUCCAGGCCGUCUCCUCCCAGCAACGUGGCGGCGCCGCCGCUGACACGGCCGCCGCCGUCCCCGGAGACGGCAAGUGAUGAUCGGAUCGAACGAUGAGCUUUGUCUGUUUGGCUUUGUACAGUGUGGCUGUGUUUCAUUACUUGUAUUUUGAUGUGUUUUGAGUAUAUAUGCAUGCUUUGGUGUCCUCCUCCUAGUUGUUGGCAUGUAUGGAGGACAUCAUUUGUUAUACUAUAUAUACUACUAAAUAUUAGUUUGUCGAGGUCGCUAUUGUGUGUAUAUAAUUUGACAAACAUUAUAGGUUUUUAUGCACUGAUCACUGAUGAAUCAUAUUAGCAGGCACCUACUUCCUAAA